AUGACAUCGAUAUUACGGCAGUGCAGCUCUCUUGCUAGAAUUUCUCAAACCACCAUCCAAUCUGCCGCACGAAAUUCUCUCCGUACAUCAUCGACUGCACCUCUAUUACGGUCGCGGAUAGCUGCACAAAGGGCGCGCACAUUCGUAACCAAGCCACCAAAGCCAGACAAGGACACGGAGAAGGAUGAGUCGAAGGUAGAGUCGAGAAAACAAAAAUCGUCGGAGCCACCCAGCAAGCCCGCUCCUGGGACGGAAAACCUCUACGAUGGAAAAUCGCCCUUAUCUCCCUCCGAGAAUAGCGCGAAGCCAAACGAGGAGCCACCGCUGGUGGAAGGUUAUGUGAGAUUGACGGAUGAGGAGAUAGAGCAGCUAGAGCAAAUAAUUGCUUCUAUGCAAUUUGGCAAAGGCCAGACUCAGGAAUUGAGAAGAUCUCUGCAGGCGAUACAAAAGUCAGGGGUACCAUCUGAACUGAGAGAUUUGAUGCAAGAGGUGAAGGGCAGACCGAUGACUUUGUCGGAGGCUGGAAAAUUCACAAAACUGGUGUUGCAAAUGGCGUGGUCCGCUGCCAAGGUUCAGUCACAAGGAACGAAUUUCAAUUCAAACGAACCAAGGCCUUCUGCGGAUAGUAAUAAAGGCGGCCAGGGGCGAGAUCAGGGUAGCAAGCAGGGCAACAAGAAGGGCAACCAGCAGGAAGGGUUCAAUUUUGGCAACCCAUCGGACUUGAAGCUUGAUACCACAACCUUAUUGAUUGGAUCUUUUGCAACAUACUUCUUAUGGCAGACACUUUUCCCGGGCACUAAUAAGAAAGAUAUUACCUUCCAGGAAUUCCGAAAUAAUUUCCUUGAUAAGGGGUUGGUUAAGAGAUUGACUGUGGUUAACAAGCAGGAGGUUCGAGUUGACCUCCACACUGAAGCGGCGGCAGCAAUGUAUCCCGAUUCCCAAGCCAGUAAUCCCAACUUCCAUUACUAUUUCUCCAUAGGUUCUCCGGAAGGGUUUGAGCAGCGAAUGGAACAUGCACAAGAUGAUUUAGGGAUACCUGUUUCGGAAAGGAUACCAAUUGGGUACGCGAGUGAUGGAGAUACAUGGGCUCUUAUCUACUCUUUUGGUCCUACACUCUUAUUCAUUGGUGCUAUUUUCUACAUGUCAAGACGAGCUUCAGCAGGUGCUGGAGGUCAAAGUGGCAUUUUUGGAAUGGGAAAGAGUCGAGCAAAGCAGUUCAAUCACGAGACUGAUGUAAAGGUAAAGUUUAAGGAUGUCGCCGGUAUGGAUGAAGCGAAGCUAGAAAUUAUGGAGUUUGUCUCUUUCCUAAAGACACCAGAACAGUUUCAACGUCUAGGUGCUAAAAUUCCUCGCGGUGCUAUUUUGUCUGGUCCACCAGGUACUGGUAAAACAUUACUGGCAAAGGCAACAGCUGGUGAAUCGCAAGUACCAUUCUUUAGCGUCAGUGGUUCCGAGUUCGUGGAGAUGUUCGUUGGUGUUGGAGCAUCGAGAGUCCGGGACCUCUUCGCCAUGGCAAGAAAAAGUACUCCAUGCAUCAUAUUCAUUGAUGAGAUAGACGCUAUUGGAAAGUCUCGUGGCAAGUCUGGCGGGUUCUCCGGAGGUGGAAACGAUGAACGGGAAGCUACACUCAAUCAAAUUUUGACUGAGAUGGAUGGUUUCAAUACGACUGAGCAAAUUGUUGUUCUUGCUGGUACCAACAGACCUGACGUACUUGACAAGGCUCUUAUGCGACCUGGACGUUUUGACAGACACAUCUCUAUCGAUAGGCCGACCAUGGAUGGUAGAAAGCAGAUCUUCAAGGUUCACUUAGGCAAGAUUGUCACUAAUGAGAAUAUUGAAUACCUGACUGGACGAUUGUCUGCCUUAACCCCUGGGUUCUCUGGUGCUGACAUUGCCAAUUGUGUCAAUGAAGCUGCUUUGAUUGCUGCCCGAACAAAGGCCACAUCCGUCGCCAUGACACAUUUUGAACAAGCUAUUGAGCGUGUGAUUGGUGGUCUUGAGAAGAAAUCUCUCGUUCUAUCACCUGAAGAGAAGAAGACAGUCGCCUAUCACGAAGCGGGACAUGCCAUUUGUGGUUGGUACUUCAAGUGGGCUGAUCCACUUCUCAAGGUUUCAAUCAUCCCUCGUGGUCAAGGCGCUCUUGGAUACGCACAAUACCUUCCUGCUGGCGAUACUUACCUCAUGAACGUAAACCAGCUUAUGGAUCGUAUGGCUAUGACCCUUGGUGGGCGUGUAUCUGAAGAACUUCACUUCGAAACUGUCACUAGUGGUGCCAGCGACGACUUCAACAAAGUUACUCGUAUGGCUACUGCUAUGGUGACCAAAUGGGGCAUGUCCAAAAAGCUUGGCCCUCUCCAUUUCGAAACUGAUAGAGAAAAUCAACUCAUGAAACCUUUUGCCGAAUCUACAGCUCAAACUAUCGAUCAAGAGGUUCGACGAAUUGUCGAUGAGGCAUAUGACAAAUGUAGAAAUUUACUAGUAGAGAAGAAGGCGGAAGUGGGAAUCAUUGCAGAGGAACUUUUGGCUAAGGAAGUCCUCGGUAGAGAUGAUAUGGUGAGGUUGUUGGGACCCAGACCCUUUGAUGAGAACAAGGAUUUUGUUAAGUAUUUUGGUGGAGGAUCAUUCGGAAAGAGUGCACCACCACCACCAGCAACUGAGAGUACCGAUACGCCUACUGAGGAUCCAAGUCCUCUUGCUUAA